CGGGAGAGAGAGAGCGAGUGGAGGAGGCGAGAGACGAGCGAGGAAAGCGCAGCAGCCCGUUCAGUGGGAAGAUGGCGACCCCCGCCGAGUGGGCCUCGCUGUGCGAGAAGUUCCGCAGCGCCGUCAACCUCUCCUACGUGGAGUCCAAGAAAGACCCGGAGACGGAGCCGUACCGCUCCAAGUACAGCGCCCGGGAGCUGCUGGAAGGCAUCAAGCAGCAGCUGGGCUCCGAGGAGGCGGAAGGCAGCCCGGGAGGCGCCGGCGGAGGCGCGGCCGGGGCCGACGAGCGGGAGCGGCAGCGCGCCGUGGCUCUGGCCGCCGUGGAGUACGAGCUCGGGGUGAACCACACCGACACGCAGGAGUACUCGGCCGGCGAGGAGCACCUGGUGAAGUGCGCGCAGCUGCUGGAGCCUCACCGCCUCUCCCGGGAGUGCGUCUCCCUCUACAUCCAGGCCCAGGUGGGGCAAGGAAGGAGGGGUCGUCGGUCGCUCCCCUCCCCCCCCGCAAUAGCUCACCCCAAAAGGGGGCUCAGACCCACAACUGCGAGGAGCGGUGGAUAAGAAACAGGGUGCAUGAACGCGUGCCCUCCCCUCCCCCCCGCACACGCGCGUCAAACCUCUUUGCGUCGCUCGCGCUGUUUGGGAUAAUGCAGGUUCCUAAACCUCAGAGUGCCGCAUACUUGCCGGGGCAUUUAAACAUCAACCGGUGCACGUGGCGCAAUGUGUACAUUCAUCGCCCACCCGUCUUAACAGCAAAGGUUUUCUUGGGCCUGGGCAGUCACCGUUUGUCCUGGGGGAUGGCAUGAUUUGGAAGUCAGAAAUCAACUGGGGAGAUGGAGCUUUCCUGACCUGUGCAAUUUUCCUUACGGAAAUGGCUGAGUUUUUAGUUUUGUUGGCCUAAUCGAUUCUGCGGCAUCUCUCCUCAUUAUGAAAUCUAGUCGAUGCAUAAUAGGCAUCUAAGACGAAUAAUAUGUUGGCUUGGAUCCAGAGUCGGAUCUAAUGGCUCGCGGAAGAGAGCAGGCAACGUUUGCUGAUUCUCUCAUCCUCCUGCACCUCUUCCCACACUUCCGGUGUUCGUCCAUAUUGGGGGGGGGGAGGAAAGGGGAAAUCAGCAAAAAACAUUCUUUCCUUUUCUUUGAGCAGAGAUUUUUGUCAGUAGCUUAACUCACAGGAUCUCAAGAUCCAAGUUAUUUGAUUUGGCACUUUGGAACUCUUGUUAAAGUAUUGGAUGAUGCCCCCAAAAGAUGUGUGAAAUGUUACAUAACAAACAUUAACUGUCCACACUUUUUUAAUCCAUCAAUGAAUGAAGUUGUUUCCUCCCCACUCUUCUCAUUGUUUUGCCUUUUUGUAAGAAUAACCUUUGAACUGUUACCCAUUCUAUAGAAGUAUUGUUGAAACUGCAUAUCGGAGUUGGAAAUCCAGAAGGCUUUGUGUUCUGUUGCUGCUGCAGCCAUGUGUCUAUUCUUCUUGUUUUAGUGCAAGGGGGUGGCAUGUGUCAAAUUGGAGAAAUGCAGUGCUGCGGUGCAAAGUAUUAAGGAAGGGUUGAGCUGGUGGUGAUGGCAGACCAUCCUCUGGAAUAUUGGUUUGCAAGGCAGUAACGCAGUUACUUCAAGAAAUGAAAAACAAAUUUGCAGUUCAUGUGCUUACAGUGAUUAUUUACUAUUGCAGUUUGAGAGCUGAGUAGCUCCACUCAAGAGAGUUUGUGGAUCAAAAUAAUUUGUGUGCCAGUAGCAGGCUGCGUGUACACAACAUGUUUAAGGCUUCCCCCAAAAAUUCUUCCAACAGUAAUUUGUUAAGGGUGCUAGGAAUGGUAGUUCUGUGAGAGGUAAACUACAAUUCCCAGAAUUAUUUGGGGAAAGGCAUGUGGUUUAAAUGUAUGGGGUGUACAUGGCUGUAGUAGCAAGGAAGGAAUGAUGACAUUUAGUCCAGAUGGCUUUUGUUCGCAAACUACAAUGGUGUUAGAACUAGACCACUGUGGCUCCCAGUGACCAAUAAUAACAUGAUUUGAGUUUUAGAAUUGUAACCUUUUGGACUAGCUUGAAGCUUCUUCUGUUUCUUGCAUGUUCAUACUAAUUGUUUUAUUGCUUGCAUGUUUCCCAUCCUGGGCUCCUUUAGGAGGAAUGUCAGGAUACAAAAUUCAAGAAAUAAAUAUUAGGCACUGGAAAGGAUAGCUUAUAUUGAGGUAAUGUGCUGCACAUUCCUGGCCUGGCUCCCCAAUAUGUGUCUUUAAGGUGGAAUAAGUAUAGUAUAAGUCUGGUUCUUGUAUAAUAUGUAAGGGGGUGACCCCUCUUCCCUAUUCAUUGAUGGUGGAUUUGUGCCAUUCAUAGCUUUACAAAAAAAUGUUUCAAUUUCCCUCUUCUUUUGUAGAAUAACCUGGGCAUCCUGUGGUCAGAAAGAGAUAACAUUAAAACAGCUCAGACUUACUUGGAAUCUGCAGAGGCUUUAUAUAAUCAGUACAUGAAAGAGGUAAUGUGUUGUAUGAGCACGUCUUAUGUUUCUGUAAUGUGGUGGCACCUCAAGCCGUAAUCAAAAUUGCAAGUUCUAAUAUCAAUGAGUUGCAAUCAUUAAAUAAUAAACAGGCUUUCUGGAUUAAUUGUUACUGAGCUUUGCAAGUUGAGAGGCCUGUUUUCUCAUGUUAUAAAAUGAGACAUUUUGAUACAAUAUAUGUGUUGUCAGGAGUUUUGAUGCCUGAAUUCUGAAAAAUGAUUAUAGUACUAAGUGAAAAAUAUACCUACUGUUCAGAUAACAUUUUUAGAUAGCUUCGAAAUGGUUGGCAUUUAUGCAGAGUGUUCUGUGCAAACAGCUGACUGGAAAAUCAGUGUCAACUCACAAUUGCAGCUGUGCUUUCAUCCCUCUGUAACCACAUAAAGCAUCUAUAAAACAGCUUAGGGAUACUUCCAUUAUUAGUUAUAAUAACUGGAAAAUUCUAAAAACACUUUGACUUAUUGCUGUAUGGCUAAAAUGCAGUGCAGAAUUAGUUUUCUAAAAAAGAGCUUUUCUGUAUAUCAGGAGGACUUAUAACAAGCUAAACUCCCUAUGCAUAACAAGCAGCCUUCUAAGUUGUUGACUCUGCCGUGCCAUAGCAUUAGCACAAUGGAGCCUUUGUUAUACCCUCGGGGGCGCUAUUUAUGCACUGCACUGCCUUUCUGCAUUUCCAGUGUUUGUUCAUUCUCUGACAUGGCUUCUAUGAAACCAGUGGAGUGCUGCACUUUGGCAAAUUCUAAAAAGUGAUGCUGAAAAUAUUUCACUUGUUUCAUAUCUACGCUCUUGUCUUAUUUUGCUGAAUUUACUUUUGACUAGAGAUGAUGAUGCUUUGGAGAAAGGCCUGAGAAGAACAAGCCUGCCUUCUUGUUUAAUCCAGUGCAGUUCCUCUGUUUCUUAACAACCUACCUGUCACAUUUAGAGUAUUCUUCCUGGAUUGUUGAAUCUAGGUACCAGUGGCUUAACUUCCUGUGUGCCGGUUUAUGUUCAUGCUAAACCUGUCAUCUCCCUAGUGUCAAAACCCUGCCUUGGGAGGUGUGUCCAGUCCCACUUGAUCAUCCUUGAUUUGAGGUUAAAUGUCUCACACCCUGUCAACUCAUUUCCCUUAGUUUUACUUGGUUGAAAAUAAGAAUUAUUGCCUUCUUCCAAAUAUGAUGGGUGACCUUUCCCCCUUGCAAGUGCAUUUAAGAUACCAUUGUGAUAUUGUAUGUCAUAGGUUAUUCAGAGAGGAAGCUGCUUUUAUUUCUUUAUGAAACUGUCUCUCCCCUCCCCCUUUUUUCUCUGUCCCUGAUCUUAAUAAAGCUUCUUAAUUCCGAACCUGUUAUUUAACCAGAUACUUUGACAGUGCAAGGAGCAGCUGUCCCUCUGUGCUUGGCCAGUGGUUAAUGCCACACAUGCAGACAUAGGGCAACAAAACGAUUGAUGAAUUGACAGGUUGAAUGCUGCAACUCAGUGACAGGGAGAUAAAGGUGACUGUAGGCAGCUGCCCUGGUCUGAGUUUCACUUGAAAGCGCUUCCAGUUCUCCCUGCCGAAGAGGUGAGGUAGUAGUCAGGUAGUGGUGGCAAAAGAAAUCUGGGAGUCCAGACUUGUUAAUCACACCUAUAACGAUGGAAGGGUUUGCAGCUCCAGAAAGACCUAAAAUGAAAUGGAGCUAGAGGAACCAGAUUUGUAUUCAGAACAUAUUUCCAGAAACCAUUUGUUGGAUUUGUUAACUAUACAUAUGGGUCUUAUUUAUUGCUAUUUAAAAAAUUAUCUUGCUUUUCAGUAAUUAUGCUCUCAAAGUGACUUAUUAAAGGUAGAAAUGUGGUGAAACAUUUAAAGGGGUAUGUGGGGGCCAGUUGCUGCCCUCUCCCUGAUUUUGCAGACUCCUGCAAAGCUGGGGCUAACUCAAAAUGGCAUCUGCCACUAUCCCACCAGUUCCCAAGCAGAAAAAAGAAGAAGCCUUAGUGAUUUGCAAAGAGAAUAAAAGCAGCUACAAAUUAAGCUUGAGAAAUAAAUUUAUAACAGGACAUGUGACUACUUUGUGCUCUAGAGUUGUUCAAGAGCUUGAACUAAUAACUGGAUCUCAAUAUUAAAUAUGCUGUUCAUUCAGGGAUAUAUUUCUCUUGUGUUGUUUUUACCUCUGUGUGAUGUCUUGUAUCUAGUUGCAACCACUUUUGUCUUGAGUGCAUUGAGUAGCACAUAAAGCAAAAAUUUCUGAAAGCAUAUUCUUCCAGAGUUUCUGGUUUGUUCAUUGAGGUAAACGUUCUUUUUUUCUAUAUUGUUACAUUUACUGAAACUCUUGUUUAAAAGCAUCACAUUCUUUCUGUCAGUGCUGCAGAGCUCAGGAGAAGUAACUGUUCAAGAGAAUAGAACAGGUUUUUAGAAGAAUGUGCAGUUAGAGAUGCAUGAUUACAGGUUCUACAACACAAUAGGGAAGAACGGAUUUUUAAGAAAGAGAUAUGUCUUCUGGUUGGACGUCUUGAUACUUAGAUGUUUUGUGCAAUAAGAACAUAUUUCUGGAUGCAUCUUAACUUAAUAUUCUCUGCAGUACCAAAGUGCAGCCUGUAGAGAGCACAAAUCCACUGAAUGUAUUUAUUAAGUUCGUAUAUGUUAUGUUUUGCAGAAUGGGAAUCCCCCGCUUGAUUCCAGUGAACAUUUUAUGGAUGAAGAAGAGAAACUUACUGACCAAGAAAGAUCAAAAAGGUAUAUGUUGAAUUGUAAAGUCAGAGAUUGGGAGGGGUGUUUCUGUCUUAAAAUUAAAUCUAAACCCUCUGUUUCCCCAGAUUUGAGAAAGUCUAUACUCAUACGUUAUAUUAUCUGGCCCAAGUCUACCAGCACCUGGAGAUGAUUGAGAAGGCUGCACAGUAUUGCCAUACCACCCUUAAACGGCAGCUUGAAUAUAGUGGCUACUAUCCAGUAGAAUGGGCUCUCAAUGCAGCUACUUUGUCUCAGUAUUAUCUCACAAAGGUAGUCACUUCAAUGUUUUCUUCAGUGUACCUAAUUUGUUAAGGUGCUACCAAUGUCAGAGGUGCUAUUUGACCAGCUUUCGAAAAGCUAUUGUUAUCUGUGGUAUGAGUCUUAUUGGCAGGCAUUGGGUUGCAUCAUCUUCCACACUAAGUUAAUUGCACUUAAGUUCCCUUUGAAAACCAUGGGACUGAAAGUCACGACUAACUUGCCUCUUUCAUUUUGUAAGUCAAUGUUCUUUCUAGCUUUGUUGGCAUUUACAGAUGUCAAACUCACAGCCAAAAACAUGAAUAACAAAAAGGUCAUGUUUCAGGAGAAGUGCAUUAGAGAAAUUUAUUCCUCAAAUUUGUUAUGAUAUGAGUGUGUAUGUAAGGGUGGGGAGACUCCAUAGAAGACCUUUACCUGUUUGUCCUCAGCUUUCUUACUAUACAGCGUUGCCAGAUUAUAUCCCCAGAUCCUUCAAAGAUCACGCAUUUGGGCAAACAAUUGGGCAACUGAAUUAUUUCAUUCUUAAAUAUUAAGAGAAAAAUAUCUUACUGUGUACCAGGAACAAACACCACCAUGUCUUCUUUUUACAGCAAUGUUUCAUGGAGUCCAGGCAUUGUUUAGCAGCUGCCAGUGUCAUCUUUGGCCAAGCUGGACAGGUGCCAUCUGCAGAGGACAGUAAGUCAUCUCAUUUUAAUCCUCACUGUAGUGGCUUUGAGUUAUAUGGGUUAGCAAAAAUGUUGAAUUCUCUGCUUGCUGUCAGUUUCAGUGCUGCAUUGAUUUUGUGGGACUGGAGGAAGAGGUUGCAAUGUGAGAGGGUGAAGAGGUGCCCUUCAGCAAGGCUACACUUCUCUAUUGGGCUUGUACAGCUUUGAAACUAACGGUGCAGACUUGGGGCAUAGUGGUGGUGCCGAGGAAAUAGCUUUCGAUAUUUCAACUUUAGAGAGGGAGAGAAGAUGUAUAGUUUUCCUCUGUUCAUAGAAUUGUUGAAAGGGACCCCGACUCACCUAGUCCAACCUCCUGCAAUGCAAGAAUCUCAACUAGAUCAUGCAUGACAGAUGGCCAUCCAUCCUGUGCUUAAAAACCUAUAAGGAAGCAGAGUCCACUGCCUCUUGUGGGAGUCCGUUCCACUGUCAAACAGCUCUGACUCUCAGAAAGUCCUUCCUGAUGUUUAGUCAGAAUCUUCUUUCUUGUGACUUGAAUCCAUUGGUUCGGGUCCUGCCCUCUACAGCAGAAGAAAACAAGCUUGCUCCAUCUUCCAUGUUACAGCCCUUUUAGAUAUUUGAAGAUGGCUAUCAUAUAUCUAAAUCUCUUCUUUACAUGGUUAAACAUACCCAAUUCCCUCAACCAUUCCUCAUAAAGCUUGGUUUCCAGAACCUUGAUCAUCUUGGCUGCCUUCCUCCAGAUGUUCCAGCUUGUCAAUAUCCUUCUUAAAUUGUGGUGCCCAGACGUGGACACAGUACCCCAGGUGUGGUUUGACCAGGGAAGAACAGAGUGGUACUAUGACUUCCCUUGAAAGGAACACUAGACUUCUGUUGAUGCAGCCUAGAAUAGCAUUAGCUUUUUUUACUGCUGCAUCAUACUGUUGACUCCUGUUAAGCUUGUCUACUAAGACCCUUAGAUCCUUUUCACAUGUAUUAUUGGCAGUCCAGGUGUCCCACUUCUUACAUUUUUGCAGCUGCCUAUAACCUGCUAUAAGUUGUAUUGGUAGUAUACCUCGCUGUUUCAUUUUUUACUUUUUAGGACUGUUAAUGCUAGAAAUGCUUAAACUAUUUUAACGAUGUUAUGAAAACUGUUUUCUAAGAUGUUCUUUACACCCUGUUUUCCUGAAUAGAAAUUAAAUGUCUCCCUCCAUUUCCAGUAGAAGUGUCUUGAAGCUGUUUGAUCCCCGUUACAUUAUGGAAAAGCUUCAGGAUUAGAAAAUAUUAGGACCAAAAGUUAAACCUUCCUCCUUAUAACCAUUUAAUAGAUUCCAGUAGUAUUAGUUACUUGAAUUCUGUGUAGUCCUUCAGGUAAUUUUAAGUGGCUAACUUAUCCCCCCCCCCCCCGGAGAUGGCUUUUCAAAAUCUAACUGUCAACUAGCCUAAUGAAUAUUGUAAUAUUUUAAAUCAGAUGAAACAGAACAAGAUCAGCAAGACCUUCGACAGAGAAGAGCUGAAAUUGCAAGGUGUUGGAUUAAGUACUGCUUGAACUUGUUGCAGGGAGCCAGGAAAUUGCUUGAGGUAAUCAAGAAACGGAGUGCAAAUAACCUUUUUAACAUUUGCAGGAGUAACUAAACACAGUAGUCGCAACAGCUGCUAGUGGUGCUGAGACUCGAGGGUAUAGUGAAUGUAAGUCACAAGGUUGCUGUGUAUACAGAGAUAGGAACCAAAAUCAGUUGAGUGCUGGAAUCUCUGCUUAAUUUUUAAACCUUCAAGCAAUAUUCUGCUUGGGCAGUAGAACACUUAAUCUUGUGUUUGCCAGUUUUGACCAUAUCACCUUGAUUUCAUCAUGGGCCUUGAUGCUUUACUGAUAGUAUCCAAAUGGGUUCAGUAGGAGCUAGCUGAAAUGGGUUCAGUAGGAGCUAGAAAGCAGAGUUUUCUUUGUUAAAGCUAGUCUGCAAUUGGUGCAUACUCUGUGUUUACACAGUUUUACACUUCAACUUCUUCAGUAAUUUUCUACUUGCCUAUUAUUGUCCUGUCAGAGUGGAUAUUUAGCAGCUGAGAUAGGCAAGCAGGCAGGUAUUCCCAUAUGUCCCAGUGGCCGUGAAGAUGUCAGCAUCUCAUCUAUUAAAAAAUCAGCUGUGUAAUUUCCACUGCCUUGUUAGGUUUUCCUUAAAUUGUUGUGGUGCUUAUAUACUGCUUUUGUCCCAAGUGACCCCAAAGCAAUUAAAAAAAUAAAUAAGAAAAUAUCAUUAUGAAUCACAAAACACCAUUAAGAUAACAGUAAAAUAUUAGCAGCAUACGUAAGCUGUUAAGAUUUUCAAUUUGGGAAAGCAGUUCCUACUGUCUGAUAACACAAUACAGUCAUACCUCAUGUUACAGCUGCUUCAGAUUACGUGCUUUCGGGUUGAGGACCACAGGAAACCCAGAAGUACUGGAAUGGGUUACUUCCAGGUUUCGCUGCUCGCGCAUGUGGAGAAGCGCCAAAUCGCACCGGCACAGACACAGUGCUUCAGGAUGCGAAAGCUGCGGGUUGCAGAUGUGCCUCCGUUACGGAUUAUGUCCGCUACCCGAGGUUCCACUGUAGUACUAACAAUGGAUAGGAAAGGAAAAAGAGAACCCUACAAGAUGUCAGAUAUAUUGGGAGUGGUUUAACGAAAAUUUCAAGUAUGACAACCACUUGCUGUGAAAUAAGUCAAGGAAAAUAUCUCAAGAGUUACUGCUUGGAGAAUUGUUGAAAACUCUUUAAUAUGCCUCCUCCACUAAGUUGCUGCUAUAAGCUCAGCUUGUGUUUCCAUUGAAUUAUCAAAAUAAAUAAGAAUCAUAUAUGGAAGUACUAAAUAAUUUCUAGAAAUCCAAAACAUGUAUUUUUCUGUCAUGCAAACAUAGGAGUAACAGAAGUUGCUACUGUGAACGUGAUUAAUUUAUCAAAUUGGUGGUAUCUAGUUUUUUGACAUCUCGUGGCGAAGUAUUUCACACUCUGCGUUCUUGUUUUAGGACAACAUUGGGGAGCUGGAUCCAGACAGGCAGUCGGAGCUUAAAGCCCAGCAGAAGAAAGAGGAGGAUGAGAAGGAAGAGGACAGGAAGAAAGCUGUUCUGUUUGGAACUAGUGAUCUGUGUGACUCUAUUUUGGCCAUGGAAGAAAAAGUGAGCUGUGUGUUUCCACUAGACUUCAAAGAAGCCAGAGAAGUCUUCUUAGUGGGUCAGAAUUAUGUCAAUGAAGCAAAAGAUUUCUUUCAGGUAGAUGGGUAUGUCACUGACCACAUUGAAAUUCUUCAGGAUCACAGUGCCUUGUUCAAGGUGCUGGCAUUCUUUGAAGAAGAUUAUGAGAGGCGUUGCAAGAUGCACAAGCGUAGGAUAGAUAUGCUGGAGCCCAUAUAUGCUGGCUUAAACCCUCAGUAUUACCUUCUGCUCAGUAGGCAGCUUCAGUUUGAAUUAGCUGACACCUAUUACGAGAUGAUGGAUUUAAAAGUGGCCAUUGGAAAUAAGCUAGAGGAACUUGACUCCCACACAAUAAAGAAAAUAAAUUCUCUUGCUCAGAUGGCCAUGAAAUACUAUGAACUCUUUUUGGAUUCAUUGAGGAACCCUGAUAAGAUUUUCCCCGAGACCCUAGAGGAGGAUGUCCUGCGCCCUGCCAUGGUGGCCAAGUUCCAUAUUGCCCGCCUUUAUGGCAAGCUUAUUACUUCAGAUGGCAAGAAACAGUUGGAGAACAUGCAGACCUCGUUGGAAUAUUACUCGUUUUUGGUAGACUACUGCGAGAAGCACACAGAUGCCAUCCAGGCCAUUGAAACUGAGCUCGAGCUCAGUAGAGAGAUGGUUGGGCUUCUCCCAACAAGAAUGGAAAGGCUAAGAGCCAAGCUUUCUACUUUCACUUAAACUCCUUCCUCCCGUGGAAAUGUGCAAUAUUAACACAAUUGCUGUCCAAAGAGGCAGUUUCCCUUAUGGCAGUUGCCUUGUAGUCAUCCGACAUCUGUUGUGUGCUCCCACUGUGACAGGCAGCAUAGAACCCGUAUAAAAUGGAAAACUUGUCAAGUGUAGUAAUUCUCCCACACUUCAAUAUUAAGUAUACAGUGAAUGGUCAACUGGUGCUCUGUAUUGCUUGCUCCGUACUGACAUGCACACCUUCCUGCCUUAUUUUUCUCCUUCCACUACGUGGUCCAGUUUCCAACUGUAGUGCUGCUCUCCAACUGUUUCUUCCAAAAGGGAACUUUUUGAGUACGUUGUAUUUACAGCCCAAUCCAUCCCCACAAAAUAGAGACUUAGGUAGGUGGAAUUUAUUUUCCUCAUUAACAGUCCCUGAAAAAAACCUUAACAUAUCUCUAAUUUAAUGGCGUCAUAUUUAUUUUUGUAUAUGUUAGCUGUCCUCCUUUUGAAUCCUGUUAAAUAGGAUCAAUAAACAAACAUGCCUGAUUGCACAUUC